AUGUUCAUUAGAAAUCUCUUCAAGUCAUCACGAGCCGAGAGAGGAGCUUCUUUUUUAACGGAGGAAGAAGUUGAUGAACAAAAUUCUGGAAAUAUAAAUCAAGAAAGUUAUAAAUUACCUGCUUCUAUAACUGUGCCUCUCAUGGAAGAUGAUGCUCUCAUGAAGUCAUUGUUUUUCCCAAAUCAAAUAUUUGACAAGUGUGAUUGUCCUGUCGAAGAUACAAAGCCCAGCACAUUGGGAGAAAUAUUUUGCAGUGUGUCACCUUUUUCCGAUGACGUUUUAACAUUCAAAGAUUUGGAUCGAAAGGAUAUGUUUCUUCAGAAAAUGAAAGGCAUUAAAUGUGAGCGAACGAAUCGACAAAUUGAAAUGAUGGCACAGGACUAUGUCAUUAAACAACGCUUUCAAUAUCGAUAUUUCUACAGGAAGAGAGAAGAUAACACAAAGAAUUCUGAAUGUCUUCUAAAUAUUGCAAUCGGAGUCAUGAGCGUUAAUCCACAAUGUGAGAGGAGAAUUUUGGAUUAUGAUCCAUCGGAGGAAGGUCCUUUUUUCCAAUUAGUACCUCUGGUUGGUAAUAGAAUUCUUUCCUGGAACGAUUGUUCUCUUGUGACUGUUGGACUGAGAUGUAAGGAGAAUGUAACAACCAUCAUUGAUUUAGUGAAAUUAGUGAAUCAAGAACAAGUCACAAAAGUAUUGGAGGAAUUAGCAGAUGAAUGUUGCAUGUGGAAUGGUGAAAAAAUGUUCAGUUAUACCUCCAACAAUAGUUUUCACUUUCUGAAAGCUAUUAUAUCCAGAAUUCUAACAAGCCUUUCAAAAAUUUCCACUUUAAACGAUGAACAAAAAACUAUUUCUAAAAAGUCAUUGGAUGAAAUUAUUGAAUCAAAGCUAACAUAUAGUAUCAAAACCUAUGUCAGAGAGUUUGUAGAAUCAAAAGGAUAUUCAAGAGCAAUCAUUCCUCUAGCUCACAAAGUUAAACCACUGAGUCCAGAAAUUAUCAAGCAAUUUGGGGAGAGUUAUCAAAGUCUUCCUUCAAAUGCCUUGACUCAACCAUUACUCUUCACAACAGAGCAGCAACUUGAUAUUUACAAAAAGAUUGUGGAAAGCAAUAUGUCCACUUAUUUUGUCAGUGAAGGAAUGCAGGAAUAUCGGUUUUGGAGCUGUUUGAAACGCUCCUUGUCCAAGGAUAAACAACCUGUUGAGGAUAAGGGCGUGUUACAAAUUAUUUUAAAGGAUAAGGCAUUUGAUCUCUAUGACUAUACGCCUCAAAAGCCCCAACGAUAG